AUGGCCGACAACACUACCCCCGAGGUAGAUCUCGACAACGUCAUCGACCGUCUCCUAGAGGUACGAGGCUCGCGUCCAGGCAAGCCUGUCCACCUUGAAGAGUACGAAAUCAAGUAUCUCUGCUUGAAGGCGAGGGACAUCUUCAUCAACCAGCCCAUCCUCCUCGAGCUCGAGGCACCCAUCAAGAUCUGCGGUGACAUUCAUGGGCAAUACUACGAUUUGUUACGCUUGUUUGAGUACGGUGGCUUCCCGCCCGAGGCGAAUUACCUCUUCCUUGGUGACUACGUCGACCGUGGCAAGCAGUCGCUCGAGACCAUCUGCCUCUUGCUCGCAUACAAGAUCAAGUACCCCGAAAACUUCUUCAUCCUCCGUGGCAAUCACGAGUGCGCCAGCAUCAACCGAAUCUACGGCUUCUACGACGAGUGCAAACGCCGCUUCAACAUCAAGCUCUGGAAGACAUUUACCGACUGCUUCAACUGCCUCCCCAUCGCCGCCAUCAUUGACGAGAAGAUCUUCACCAUGCACGGCGGCCUUUCGCCCGACCUGCAGAGCAUGGAGCAGAUCCGCCGCGUCAUGCGACCCACCGACGUGCCAGACACAGGCUUGCUCUGCGACUUGCUCUGGUCGGAUCCCGACAAAGACAUUUCCGGCUGGUCCGAAAACGAUCGUGGUGUCUCUUUCACUUUCGGUCCCGAUGUGGUGUCUCGGUUCUUGCAAAAACACGACAUGGACCUCAUCUGCCGAGCGCAUCAGGUCGUCGAGGAUGGCUAUGAAUUUUUUGCAAAGCGUCAGCUCGUCACGCUGUUUUCCGCACCCAACUAUUGCGGAGAGUUCGACAAUGCCGGUGCUAUGAUGAGCGUCGACGAGACGCUGCUCUGUUCGUUCCAAAUCCUCAAGCCAGCAGAGAAGAAGCAAAAAUACGCCUACGGCGGCAUCAACAUGGGCCGUCCGGUCACGCCACCCAGGAAGCAGAAGAAGAAGUCGGAUGGCAAGUGA